AAAAAUCUCUCGAGUCGAAAUUAGCGCGAUAACGGAACCCUAGAGAGAGGACGGGACAGGACACACGUCUAAGUUCAUCGAAGAUGAUAAUCCCAGUUCGUUGCUUUACUUGUGGAAAGGUGAUUGGCAACAAAUGGGACACAUACCUUGACCUUCUACAGGCUGACUACUCUGAAGGAGAUGCCCUUGAUGCCCUCGGGUUAGUCCGCUACUGCUGCAGGCGGAUGCUUAUGACUCACGUCGAUCUCAUCGAGAAGCUUCUGAACUACAACACCCUCGAGAAAUCCGACAACAGCUGAAGGAAAACCAAGCCAUGUCUGAAUCACAAACACUUAUGAAAGUUGUUUCUCUCUUUGAAGUUCUCUGAGUGUUUGGCUUUUUUGCUUUGACAGCAUUGACUGGGGAGAGGAUUAGUUCGAAUCAUGUAACUGUCUCAUAAAUGCACUUCAUAUGCUAAUUUCUGAUAUA